UUCUUUUGAUGGAGACCUCCAUGGAGGUGAGCAACACGACCAGGGUCCAGGCCUUCAUCCUGCUGGGCUUGUCCACCAGGCCAGACCUCAGGGGCGUCCUGUUUGUGGUCUUCCUGACGCUCUACCAGCUCACCCUGCUGGAGAACUCGCUCAUCAUCUACCUCGUCUGCUCCCACAGCGAGCUCCACAAGCCCAUGUACUUCUUCCUGGGCAACCUCAGCUGCUUGGAGAUGAGCUACGUGUCCGUGACCAUGCCCAGCCUGCUCGUGGGGCUGUGGGCUGGGCCCUUCCACGUGCCCUUCACCGCCUGCAUGACCCAGCUCUUCUUCUUCAUGUCUCUCCUUGGAACCAAGUGCACGCUGCUGGCCUCCAUGGCCUAUGACCGCUACGUGGCCAUCUGCCGCCCACUACACUACCCACUGCUCAUGAGGCCGCGCGUCUGCCUGGGCCUGGCCCUGACCUCCUGGCUCGGGGGGCUGGUGGUGUCCAUUAUCAAGACCGCCUGUAUUGCCAGCUUGUCCUACUGUGGCCCCAACGUCCUCAACCACUUCUUCUGUGACGUGUCACCCCUGCUCAACCUGUCCUGCACCCACGUGGCCCUGACCGAGCUGGUGGACUUCAUCUCCGCCAUCGUCAUCUUCUGUGGGACUCUGCUGGUGGCCCUGGGCUCCUACGUGGCCAUCGGGAGAGCCGUGCUGCGCAUGCCCUCGGCCGCCACCCGGCACAAGGCCUUCUCCACCUGCGCCUCCCACCUGCUGGUGGUGGGCAUCUUCUACUCAGCUACCAUCUUCAUCUACGCCCGCCCCAGCCGCAUCGAGGCCAUGGACCUCAACAAGGUGCUGUCGGUCAUCUACACGGUGGUCACGCCCUUGUGCAGCCCCGUCAUCUACUGUCUGCGCAACAGGGAGGUGCGGGCAGUGCUGCGCAGGGCUCUGCUCCGGCCCCGAGUGUCCACGGCCUGGGCUGGUGUCCCCGCCUCCUUCCACGGCCACGCACACAGGCAGAGAGGAACCUGGAAGAAAAUACGUGUGUGGCUUGAAUUGUGUUAUCUUUAUUGA